GGCCAGUCAGUAAAAAAUCAAAUAAAUAUGAGGAUGCACAACUCCUUGUUUCAGGGUUAGGGCUGGUUCCCUGGGACUAUAGUUUGGGCUCUCACGUCCUGCAGUAAACCAAUAGCUAGUCAAAAGGAUUUUAAUCCACAGGAUUAAUAACAAUUACCAGGGACCAUGGUGGGAAUGAAGCCCUCCGAUACACCCCCUACCCUGGGGGUGAAGCUGCUGAGUGCUGGCUCAGCGGCCUGCAUCGCUGACCUGGUCACCUUUCCCCUGGAUACAGCCAAAGUCAGACUCCAGAUUCAGGGAGAGAAGGUGGCGUCGGAAGCUACCAAGGGCAUCCGUUACAGGGGGGUAUUUGGGACAAUCAGUACCAUGAUCCGGACGGAGGGGCCCAGGUCGCUGUAUAACGGUCUGGUGGCGGGCUUACAGAGACAGAUGUGCUUUGCCUCCAUCAGGAUCGGCUUCUAUGACAACGUCAAAAACUUCUACUCUGGCGGCGCAGACACUGCAAAUAUUGGUAUCCGUAUCUUGGCCGGCUGCACCACAGGGGCCAUGGCUGUGUCUUUCGCCCAGCCCACUGACGUGGUGAAGGUCCGCUUCCAGGCCCAGGUCAACCUGACCGGGGUGGCUCGUCGCUACACGGGCACCAUGCAGGCCUACAAACACAUUUUCAACCACGAGGGCAUCCGCGGGCUCUGGAAAGGCUGUCUACCCAACAUCACUAGGAAUGCUCUGGUCAACUGCACAGAGCUUGUGACCUAUGACCUCAUCAAGGAGGCCAUUCUUAGGCACAACCUGUUGUCAGAUAACCUCCCGUGCCAUUUUGCUUCUGCGUUCGGCGCCGAGCCCGUUACCACCUGCAUUGCCUCUCCGGUGGACGUGGUGAAGACACGAUACAUGAACUCUCCGCCGGGCCAGUAUAAGAGUGCCAUCAACUGUGCCUGGACCAUGGCCACCAAAGAGGGACCCACAGCCUUCUACAAAGGGUGAGCUCACAGACAGUCACACACACUGUACAAACAGACCGGUGUCCUUCAGUCUGUUGAUAGAACAAGACAGUUGGAUGUAGUUGUACAUUUUAGUCCUCAAUGAUAUAUCAUUGAUUUUCCUGUUUUGGGUGGUUACCUUGACACAGUAACUCUACCAGAGGAGGCUGGUGGGAGGAGAUAUAGGAGGACUGGCUCAUUGUAAUGGCUGGAAUGUAAUCAAACAUAUUGAAACCACGUCUGACUACGUUCCAUUUAUAACAUUCUAGCCG